GUUUCCAUGAAUGGAAACAUUGAUCCGGAUUUGAUAUGCCAGCGGUUAAUGGCAAUGCAGAUUCCACAAGAUAAUUACUUUACGAUGAGAAUUUCAUACAAGUUUAACGUGCUGCCACUGGCGCUGCAGAUUACUCAGAUUGCGGGAAACCUGAUGAACCGAACUUUACCCAGGUGUUGGACCGAGAAAAACGAAUUCUUCCUGCAUGCAUUUACCGAAAAGGACUACAUCGCGCCGGAUAAGGCUCUCAGAGCUGGAACAGAUUUUAAUCAAGAGAAACCGGAAGCGGCUGCUGAUCGCAGCAAACCUGAAAAUAAGGCGGCAUACUCCGGCGGCCUUGUGUUGGAAACGAUAAAAGGAUUCUACGGCAAAUUUAUCCUGCAAAUGGAUUACAGCUCCCUUUACCCCAUAUCAUCCGGUCCGGGAGUACCACAUUUCAUUCACUACGGUGCUAUCGCCGACGACCGAUGCAGUAGAUGGUGAGAACGCCAGCAAUCAGAUCCUCCAAACAAGCGAAAUGGGAAUAUUGCCCUGUCAAAUUCUCAAACUCGUCGAGAGCAGAAAGUCAGCGAAACAACUAAUGAAAGCACCUGGUCUGUCACCGGAACUUAACAUGCAGUGCAACAUUUACCAGAUGGCGCUCAAGCUUCCGGCUUCCGGUUGGCGCUACACUAGAUCCUGAUUCUAUGCUCAGCACAUGGCCGCUCUGACCACACUAAAAAGUCGGGAAAUUCUUAUGGAUACCAAAAGCAUCGUGGAAAAACUGAAUUACCAGCUUAUCUAUGGCAACAUAAUCAACACCAAAAGCAUCGAUUGUGACGAGCUGUUCAAGAUCGAUGCUAACAACAAGCACAUCGUCAAUAAAACAUUCAAAUGCUUGGAUCUGAACGUACUACAAGUAAAAAAAGAAGUACCUACGCGGCUGUUUCAAUAGCCAAGAUCUGGGAAAAAUUCGAAUGCACGCAUGCAUGACUUGCAUAACUGCAGUUAUAGAACGUCUAUGUAGUGGUAGAGACUUAGAAAAAUCAUUAUCAGCAGAUUUGUGCUUGUAUAACAGCGAUCGUGUAAA